AUGCCAUCCAUGGACCUGCUGUCAUCUGAACUUGAUAAAACCAUCUCUGCCAACGACCUGAUUCUGGUAAUGGGAGACAUCAAUAUAGAUAACUUGAUUCAAGACAACAAGAAAAUCAAAUUUGAGGAGAUGCUCUAUAGCCAUGGACUGGCCAGACUUCCCCUUCCUCCAACAAGAAUAACCAGCCAUAGCCAAACCUCGAUAGACUGCAUCUGUACAAACACUAGAGAAUCUGUAGUGUCCACUGAAGUUCUCAAAACUGGCCUAUCAGACCAUACUGCCCAGAUAUGCACAAUCACAACAGAAAUGGAAAGGUACUUAACAACUCAGUCCAAAAGAAGACACUUCAGUGAAAAAGCAAUAGAAGAACUGAGACGUAGCCUACAGGAACAAGACUGGUCACACAUCAUACAGGCGGAGAGUGUUGAAACUGCUUACAAUGCAUUUAAUGGAAUCAUUCACUCAACAAUAAACGCAACAUGCCCUCUGAAGACAGUCAAAGACAAAAGAAACCCCACCAAAAAUAUAUGGGAUGCCGAAAGCCAGACUCUAAAAAGGUCCUACUUAGAGGCACUCAACAGAGAACUCACCACUGGACACCCCGAUGACAAAAGAGAAACAGCUCAAAGAAAAAAAGCCUAUGAUACAAAACUAAAAACCCUUUGGAAACAGCAAAACGCAGAUUUUGUAGAAAGGUCAGAAAACAAGUCAAAGGCCAUGUGGAGGGUAAUAAAUAAUGAAAAAAAAGAAAAAUCAACCAAGAGUCAACUGGAAGAACUGAAAAUAGGAGAAGAACUCAUACACUCGCCAACAAACAUUGCCAAUCAUCUAAACAACUUCUUCGUUACAAUAGCCGACAAAACUCUCUCCCAAAACCUAAAUGGAAAACCUCCAACACCCAUAACUGGACCAAACAGACAACCUCAGAUACCACUACUAACUUUCGCAGGAACAAACGAACAAGAAAUUGGAAAAAUUAUUGACACUCUAAAAUCUAAAACUUCUGCCGGAGAGGACGAGAUGUCAUCAAAAAUAAUCAAAAAAUGCAAAAAAGAAAUUAUCACACCACUCACAGAUAUAAUAAACAAAUCACUUACCCAAGGAACAUUCCCUAGCCAACUAAAACUAGCAAAAGUCUACCCGAAGUACAAAGGGGGCCCAACAAAUGAACCAAGCAGCUAUCGGCCCAUAUCCCUCAUUUCAACAUUCUCAAAAAUUUUAGAGCGGAAAAUUAAGUCCGAACAGCUUCUGGUGAAUAGAGGAGUGCCUCAGGGCUCAGUUCUCGGCCCCGUCUUAUAUAUAUUACUAACCAACGACUUCCCAAGUUAUCUUGAGAACUACUGUGAAAUGGUUAUGUACGCUGAUGAUACAGCCUUGAUUGUAGCAAGCAAGAACAAAGACCAGCUAGAUGUUGACUCGUACGUCACUUUUAAUAUGGCGAAACAAUAUUGCCUCUAUAAUGACUUGGUUCUAAAUGCCUCCAAAACACAACAGAUAAUCAACACGCCCAGGCAAAACUACCAUGAAGGCCUUCCAGAAGUAAACACAAUAGACUCAGGAAAAUAUCUCGGCAUAAUCAUAGACCAAAAUCUAUCCUGGGAACCCCAUGUGAAUAAACUCUGCAAUAAACUAAGUAGUAGCCUCUAUGUAGUAAGAAGAAUAAAACAAAUUACCAACCCUCAAGUAGCCAUGACAGCAUACUACUCGCUAUUUGAGUCUCACAUGAGAUAUGGUCUGAUAGCCUGGGGAGGGACAACAGCCACAAACCUCCACAGAGUGCUUGUCAUCCAGAAAAGAGCAGUCAGAACUUUGAAAGGCCUUGAACCACUGGACACAUGCCGAGCAGCCUUCAAGGAACUGGGAAUCCUGACCCUCAUAGGACUCUACAUUCAGGAAACAAUCCUAUACGCAAUCAAGACAGGCCAAACAAGAACAGGAGACAGACACCCCUAUCACACCAGACACGGAAGAAACUUCCUACUUGACCAGCACCACCUGAGCCUGACUGAGAAAAAACCAUCCUACAGAGGAGCUUUAUUCUUCAACACACUGCCCGACAGCUUAAGAAGGCUUCCAGAAAAGGAAUUCAUCCCCCCACUAAAAACCUGGUUUCUGCAACGUCCAUUCUACACUAUACAAGAAUUUCUGCAGUGGAGGACUGGAACCCAUAGCUAA